AGCAACACAAGGAUUGCAUUCCUUUCCCAUACUACAUCCCUCGGAUGGAAAUCAAUCAAAAUGCCCCAUCACCACGAUCACGAUCACAGCCAUAGCCAUGAGCACGGGGAGGAUGGCCACCACGACCACGACCAUUCCUCCGACAUUACCCCCGCCCUCCAAUCGAAUCUCUACCAGCAAAUCGACUUCGAUGGCAUCGUCACCCUGAACGAAGCAGAGUCCAAGUCUGGCGCUGCCAUCGUGAAAAAAACAUGGGCGCAACGGCUAGACGAGCUACCGGAGUUGGAGAGUGAUGUUGAUGAGCAAUUGCUCAUGUAUAUCCCCUUCACGGGCCAAACAAAACUCCACUCCCUCCUCCUCUUCUCCGCCCCAACCGCCUCAGCACCCAAAACUGUAAAACUUUUCCGCAACAGACCAGACCUCGACUUUUCCACGGCCGCAGAUCUAGCCCCAACCCAGACCCUCUCCGUGCCUCAAACCCUCACCGGCCCUACCUCAGAUGUGCUCGAGAUUCCCCUGAACAGAGCGCAGUUCAACACCACAACGUCCAUCACGCUGUUUUUCGAGGAGAAUUGGAGCCAGGGUGAGGAGGAAGUGACGCGGGUUUCGUAUGUGGGGUUUAAGGGACAGCAUAUGGCAUUGAAUAGGGAGCCCGUGACGUUUUUGUACGAGGCUGCGGCGAACCCGAGGGAUCAUGCCGUUAUCCAGGGGGUGCAGGGGGUGGGGAGGACUAUUGGGCCUGGCAGGUAAGGGGCUUCACUCUUCCUGAUGUCAGUGCGGGCAGGGAGGGGUCCCCUGAAGCGAGGGCUUUUAUGUGUUGAUGACGACGAAAUGUGGUAUGAUUAUUUGUCUGGCAACGCUCUUAAUUAAUUAUUUCUCCCCCUCCUUUCAUGUUGUUGAAAUUCCAUUCCCUUCUUGCAAUUAUUAGUAAUACAAUUAUAUUCGUUCC